AAGUCUACACCACCAAUACUGUUUCAGUUCCUCGAAGCUCAUUCCAUCUAUGCCGAUCUCCAAUUCCCUUUGCCCAAACCCUAUAAGAUGACUUGCUUUACCGUCUUCCCGUUCCCCCUUUGCCACACUGCUCCCUCCCACUGCCUUCUUCCUCCCCCCACUUUCUAAGGCUUCUACGACGACUAAAGAGAAGGAAAAUAAUCGCACAUUCCCCCCUCUGAGACAUGGGGUUUGGUCCUCCGAGAUGUCUCUCCUUACUCUAGACCAGUUCCUGGCCCGAUCCCCUUUCCUUGGUUCUUCCGCAGUUGGAGGAAACAUCGGCGAAGACGGGGCCGUGGUGGCGGUGACGGAGCAGGCGACGAAGAGCAUGUACUUGGCCGAGAAGCCCCGGAACGUCGAUUUCUACGACACUGGCGGAUUGCCGCCGCAACAACAGCAGCAGCAGCAGCAUCCGCAGCAGCAGAUGCAUUUGGCGGAGAGCAGUGGCGACGACCAUGAGGUCAAGGCUCCCAAGAAGCGCGCGGAGACGUGGGCCCAGGAGGAGACGAGGAGCCUCAUAUCGUUCCGGCGGGAGAUCGAUGGGCUCUUUAACACCUCCAAGUCGAACAAGCACCUGUGGGAGCAGAUCUCUGCGAAGAUGCGGGAGAAAGGGUUCGACCGGUCCCCGACCAUGUGCACGGAUAAGUGGAGGAACUUGCUGAAGGAGUUCAAGAAGGCGAAGCACCAGUCGAAGGGAAGCGGGUUGGGUAAGAUGUCGUACUACAAGGAGCUCGACGAAUUGCUUAAAGAGAGGAACAAGAAAGCCACCUUCAAGAGUUCUGGAGCACCAAAGAUCGACACCUUCCUGCACUUUUCUGAUAAAGGCCUUGAAGAUGCAAAUACUCCAUUUGGGUCUGUUGAAGCAAGUGGUAGGUCACCGCUCAACCUUGACAGACCUAUGGAGCAUGAUAGACAUCCACUUGCUAUAACAGCUGUUGAUGCAGUUGCAGCUAAUAGUGUACCUCCUUGGAAUUGGAGAGAUGCUUCUGUGAAUGAUAAUAAUGCCUCAUAUGGUGGAAGGGUUAUUCUAGUUAAAUGGGAGGAUUACUCUAGAAGGAUUGGUAUUGAUGGCACCGCAGAGGCAAUCAAGGAGGCUAUCAAGUCAGCAUUUGGUUUAAGAACCAAAAGGGCAUUUUGGCUUGAGGAUGAAGAUAAUGUGGUUCGCAGCCUUGAUAGGGACAUGCCUUUGGGUUCCUAUACUCUUCAUCUCGAUGAGGGGAUAACAAUAAAAGCCUGCACAUACGAUGACACAGACCGCAUGCCAGUUCGAACCGAAGAGAAGACACUUUACACAGAAGAUGAUCUCCGUGAUUUCCUUUCUCGCCGUGGUUGGGUUGGCCUCAGAGAGUUAAGCGGCUUUAAAAAUGUCGACACUUUGGAUGAUCUUCGUUCUGGUGCUAUGUACCAGGGGGUAAGAUCGUUGAUCGAUUAGCAAGUUCUGAUGUAUGACUGGUUGAAGAACAAGAAAACCACCAUUAUAAUGAGUUAAAUAUUACUUUUAUGUUUGGCAUUACUCCAAUCAUACUGAGAAUUAAGUUCUACAUAUACUGUAAGUCAUGAUGUGGUUGCAGUGCAUUCAAAUCAUGAGCAUCUGAGUAAAUGAUUACUUGGUAAUUUCUAUUGUAGCUGGCUGUUCAAUCCCACCCUCAAGAUGUGGUGGCUUAGCUCUCUGAAGCCUGUAGAUAGUCUAUAUAGAUUGAAUUGGAGAAACUUUCAAAAACUAUAUGAAGUUAAAAGAGUCAGACUGC